GAAAAAUAGAAAUCGAGAUAUUCAUUUCAUUCACACGUGAUUGUGCCUGCCAUGGUUUUAAAUUCCGAAUUGUGCCUGAUAUUGUUCGUCUUCCUUAUCCACUGUCGAGAUGACCCACCGUGAUCCGAUAACCGAGUAUGACUUGAUCGUCGUUGGCGCUGGUAUCUUGGGAUCCGCCGCCGCCAAAGCUUUUGGCCAAGAUGGUCGACGGGUACUCUUGUUAGAACGUGAUUUAAGUGAACCCGAUCGCAUUGUCGGUGAACUCUUGCAACCCGGAGGAGUCAAUGCAUUGCAAACACUGGGUCUUGAAGACUGCAUUGAAGACAUUGAUGGUAUUCCUUGUCGAGGUUACAGCGUGUUUCGCGACGGUCAGUGGGUGGACGUUCCUUAUCCCAUUUUGGAAACCACCAAUAAGCAGGCACUCGGCAAAUCGUUUCACCACGGAAGAUUUGUUCAAAAGUUGAGGCAAGCCGCCACAUGCGUCAAAAAUGUUACUGUUAAAGAGGCUACAGUCACCCAAUUAUUGAAGGAAAAGGACGGGAAAACUGACCAAGAUCAAGUCAUUGGUGUUUUGGCGCAGACCAAGGAUAACGAAGAAGUCCGGUAUUAUGCACCUCUUGUCAUUGUUGCCGAUGGGUUGUUUUCCAAGUUUCGAAAGGAUGUUACUGUCCGAACCCCAGAUGUACGGUCGCAUUUUGUAGGCUUUGUGAUGAAGGAUCUUGAUAUUCCAUUCCCGGAACGGGGUCAUGUUAUUUUGGCCAGUGUCGCACCGAUCUUGAUGUAUCAGAUUGGGAUCCAUGACACAAGAGUGUUGGUCGAUGUCCCAGGAAAACUGCCUUCAGCCUCCACCGGUGAACUCAAACGUUACAUGCAACAAGUUGUGGCACCCGAUCUUCCCGAACCCAUCCAGUCCAAAUUUCUAGAAGCAUUAGAGACUGAACGAUUACGAUCCAUGCCAAACGGUUUUCUUCCUCCUACCACCAAUCGCUGUCCUGGUAUGAUUCUUUUAGGUGAUGCCAUGAAUAUGCGGCAUCCCCUGACUGGAGGUGGCAUGACGGUUGCUUUGAAUGAUGUGGUUUUAUUACGUGAUCUUUUGUCAAAGGAUAAUAUACCCUCUUUUACAGCCACUGAUCUUAUUCAACAACAACUGAAGUCUUUCCACUGGCAACGAAAACGUUACUGUGCAGCCAUUAAUGUACUUGCCAUGGCUCUUUACCGCUUGUUCGCCGCAGCCAAUGAUCCUGAUCUCGCCGUCUUACAACGAGGCUGUUUCGCGUAUUUCCAGCUGGGUGGAGACUGCGUUAUGAAACCGGUUGGGUUACUUUCAGGAUUGAUUCAGCGUCCAUCGGUUCUCGUUUAUCAUUUUUUCAGAGUCGCAUUCUACGCGAUUUAUUUGGAGUUCAAAACCGCUGGUUGGUCCAACGCGCCACGAAGCAUGAUACGACUCUUCACCGUUCUCUACACUGCAUGCGUUACAAUUUUCCCCUACCUUUGGAGCGAGACCCGCCGCUAAUAUUGAUUCAUUCCCAUUCUAUAAUUAUUCUGUCUUCUCGUCUCUUUUAUUACUUUGUUAUCGUAUCUACUCAUCCUAUUAUCCUAGGCACACCCGUCAUAGGUUCAUCGAAUUUAGAAAAAACUAGUAUGACGAUCACUUUAACAUUGACUUUAUUUUAGCAAACCAAUUCCCAGUAUCAGGAACAAAUGCAGUGCUUUGACAAAGGAAGGUUGCACAACAAUACAGCAGGCAGUCAAAUAGAUUGAUCCUAAGGUGGUUGGCAUGUAUCAUAUUUCAUUUCGGCAGUAGCGAACCAACAAGGGACAUGUCAUAAUAAAUCGAUCAAGAGUCAUUACAUGCCUUACAUUCGCUGUGACAUAAAAGGAGAGC